GAGCGAUGGACCCGGGAGACAACGAGAAUGCCAACUAUUACCGUGAACAGUACAGGGCCAACCUCCUGACCCUGCUCAGGGAACUCGGAGAGCCAGACGAGGACCCCGCGUCCUCGUUUAUGUGCCUCUUGAAGAAGAAGAAAGAAUUACGGUGUCUGGAAGAGGCUGUGGAGGAGAAAAAAGAGGCCUUCAGGGAGAGGCUGGAGGCCAUUGCCGAGCAGUGGAGGGACCUGCACGCCAGGAGGACUCAGCUGAAGGCCCGUGUGGAGAGAUCUGGGAGGACUGUGAAGGAAAAUGAAAUGCUGCGAAACCAAGCCCUGAGGAAAGCCAGCAAAGAUAGAGAGGAGAAUAUAAAAAAGGAGAAUGAGCUCCUGAGAGCUAAGAGGGAACUGGAAGCCCUCAGAAAACAGCAUCAGAAACUCUGCCAAAAACUGCCAAAAUACUCUGUGUUCAAGAGGUACCUGGAGGAUGUGGUGGAGGUCUCACAGUUUCGGGACAUUGAGGAUGUCAUUUCGUUCUACAAGUCACUGGUGAGGUCACGCAAGGAGCUGCUGCAGUCACAGCACCGGGACAAGGAAAUGACUGAGCAAGCCAGGGUGCUCCUGGACCAGUACAGGGCACAGAAAGGAGCUGAGAUGCUUCAGUGCAAGAACGAACUGGUGCAGCUAAAACAAUAUUUAGACAAGGUUCAAAGCGACCUCCCUGUCUGGGAGGCUCAGUGGAUGGACAUCCAGAACAGGGCUGCCAAGAAGAGCACGAAGCUGAGGGCCAUCGAGAGGACCAUCCACAGCCUCUUCCAGGCCGCCAGCACUCGGCUGAACGCUAAGUGGAAGGUGGCAGCACACGACAGCCACAGACAGCUGGAGAUGAUCCAGCAGUUUAUUGAAGACCUCAGGGACAUCUCUAUGGAGGACAUGGAGAAGUAUAAGUGA